UGUGCAAUUUGCCCUAAAAACGCCCAUCUUCUUCUCUCUCUCUCUACAUAACAGUAGUAGUCUUCGAAUCCAAGAUUUCAUUGUUUCCCAUAUCUAUAUGCUUAAUGGUCGAUACACACAGUUUGAUACAUACACAAGAACAAAAAGGGUUAUUUUUUGGGUGCUUCCUGAUUGUUCAUGAAGGCAUCUUUUUCAGUCAUCAGUGUUGUGUCUACUGGAUUGAAGCUGAUACUUGGGAGGAGGAAGAGAACAUCAUCCAGGUUUUUGUCAUCCACAAGUUUGGUAUUAUCUUCCUCUUUUGAUUUGAAGGAUGAACAAGUCUUUCUCCUUGAAGACUCCAUUUGUUUGGAUCAAAGUGUAGAAAGUAAUGACCUAUCUUUUGACAAGAAUGAUAUCUAUGAGUUUUUUGACAAGUAUUCCUUUAUCUAUGAAUAUGACAAGUCAGAGAAUGAUGAGGUGAAAAGAAUAAAAUCUAUACUUAGAAACUGUGCCUGGAAUUUAGGCUAUGAAAGUGGCUAUAAGAUUGAUUUGGAUCAGCACAACAUUAUUCGGAUUUUGAACAUUCUGUUUGAGGAAAGUUCAGAUGCUGCACUUGCUCUAUACUUCUUUAGGUGGUCAGAGUAUUGCAUGGGAUCGAAGCAUACAGUCCGAUCAAUUUCGACAAUGGUACAUAUUUUAAUUGCUGGGAACAUGAACUAUAGAGCGAUUGAUCUAAUUCAAUGCCUUGUGAGAUCGAAUGUAGGGGAAGAUUGGUGGUCCGAUUUGUUGCUGAGAGUCUUCCAUGAAACCCAUAUUGAAAGAAGGGUAUUGGUGAUUGCAUACAGCAUGUUUGUUGACUGUUUUAUAAAGGAAGACAUGGUAAAUGUUGCUCUUAAAUUCACAAGUAAAAUUAAGCAUCUUAGCAUCUUUCCCUCAACAGGGGUUUGUAAUUCACUUCUCAGAGCAUUAUUAGGAUCAGGACAAUUUGAACUGGCUUGGGAUUUUGUAGAAGAGAUGCAGAACCAAGGGAUGGUUCUUACUGCUUCUAUUAUUAGCUUAUUUAUCUACAAGUACUGUGCUGAAGGUAACCUUGGAAUUGGUUUGGUAUUGCUGAUGGAAAUGAAAAAAAUUGGGAUUGAUCCCGACAUUGUUGCAUAUACUAUAGUCAUUGACUCCCUAUGCAAAAUGUGUCACUUGAAGGAAGCCACUUCUAUGUUGUUCAAAAUGACUCAGAUGGGUAUCUCCUUGGAUUCAGUUUCAGUUAGUUCACUUAUUGAUGGUUACUGUAAAGUGGGAAAAUUGGAGAAAGCAAUUGACCUUUCGAAGAUUUUUAGCAUUCCUCCCAAUGUUUACUUGUACAACAGCUUACUUUCAAAGUUAUGUACAGAUAGUAAUGUGGCAGAAGCUGUUAAUAUUUUUCAAGAGAUGUUAGAGUUGGGCUUGAAUCCUGAUUGUUUCAGUUACACUACUAUAAUUGGAGGAUACUGCAAGAUCGGGAAAAUAGAUAAAGCUUUUAACUUUUUGGGAAAGAUGUUGAAGAGGGGAAUCAAGGAAUCUGUUACUACAUACACAACGCUUAUUGAUGGUUGUUGCAAGUCAGGCAACGUGGACAUGGCAGAACAUUUGUUUCAGAAUAUGUUAACAGAGGGUUUGGUUCCUGAUGUUGUUGCAUACAAUGUGUUGAUGGGUGGCUACGGAAAGAAGGGCCACUUGCACAAGGCUUUUGAGCUAUUAGAUACGAUGAGAUCUUCUGAUGUUUCUCCCGACAUUGUGACAUAUAACAUUAUAAUUCACAGCCUUAUUACACGAGGAUUUGUGAAUGAGGCAAAUGAUAUAAUAAAUGAGCUCACUAGAAGGGGGUUUUCUCCUGAUGUAGUAACAUUCACUAGUAUUAUAGAUGGGUUCUCAAAUAAAGGGAACUUUGAGGAAGCGUUUCUUGUUUGGUUCUACAUGAGUGAGCAUGGUAUAAAACCUGAUGUUGUGACAUGCAGUGCUCUUCUUAAUGGGUAUUGUAAGGUACGUCGUAUGGAAGAAGCCAAUGCUCUGUUCCGUAAGAUGCUUGAUAUAGGUCUGAUUCCAGAUCUGAUGUUGUACAACACACUCAUACGUGGAUUUUGUAGAGUUGGGAGCAUAGAUGAUGCGCACCACUUGGUAAAUAUGAUGGUUGAAAGAGGUGUCAUUCCGAAUGAAGUUACUCAUCGGGCACUGGUCUUUGGCUAUGAGAAAAAGUUGGUUAAUAAUCCUGCAGAAGCCGCAGCUGCUGAGUUGGGACAAAUACUGCAAGAACAUGGUGUUUGCAGUGAUGUUGAUCAGUAUUGGACAAAGAUGCAACAACUUGACAGCUACGGUGCUCUGCAUGUUCUUUGAAGCAUCUGCAAGCACAUUGAAUUUUGACAAGCUGUCAUUUAAGCAGUAUACUACAAUAAUAAUCGUAAAUAUGCUGGUUCAACUUCACUGUCAUAACUUGGAGCCCUUGCACACAUAAACAUCACUUCUAUACUAAGCUUGCAACUUUUUGAAGUAGUUGAAACCUGGCUUGUCUUUCUCUGUUUUGGAAAACCAGAGUGUUCUGUGGAGCUGUGGAGACCAGGAAAUUGUGGCAUAUGGACAUACCAAGAUCAAUUGCAAAUACCAGAAUGGCUACGAUUACACAAAGUACGGAGCCAAGGCAUGCAAAGCUAAACUUCACAUGGCACCUAAAGGUUCACGAUGCAAUGUCCCAACUACCAUACAUGGUGGAGACUAGGGAGCCAUUGUUAAGGUCAAGUCCAAAACACACAAUGGGGUUGUGUUCAUGACCAAGCCUUUUGCUUUUGCACCAAAGACUCCAUAAUGUAAGAAGCUCAAGCUACCAUCUUACUUCUACAAAUCUCUAUCACCACCAUCACCAUGCAAAUCACCACCCCCACCACCCAAUUAUUACAAGUCUCUGCCACCUCCAUCACCAUCACCUCCUCACUACUACAAGUCCCCUCCACCACCUUCAGCAUCCCCAACACCACCAUUUUACUACUAGUCAAUAUCACCUCCUCCUCCAUCUCCACCACCCAAAUAUAACACCACCGCCAGUAAAAUCACCUCCUCCGGCGUACUACUAUGAGUCUCCACCACUGCCUUCACCGUCUCUGCCCCCACUGUCACCUCCUCCACUAAGUCACCACCACGACCUUCAACUUUCCACCACCAUCAUCAUCGCCGUUGCCGCCUUAUUAUUACUAGUCACCACCUUCACCUUUUCCACCACGUCCAUAAUUGUACGAGUCUCCACCACUUCCAUCUCCAUCACCAUCACCUCUACCACCCUACUAUCAUAAAUGUCAUCCACCACCAUCACCAUCACCAUCAUCUCCAUCUCCAUCUCCAUCUCCAUACCACUAUAAUUACCACCAUCAUCGCCAUCGCCUCCACUCCCCACCCCCACCAUCACCAUCUCCAUCUACUCCACCAACAUAAUACUACAAGUCCCCUCCACCACCAUCAUCGCCUUCACCUCCCUCACCGUCACUAUCUCCUCCACCUCCCUAUUAAUUCAAGUCCCCACCACCACUAUCAUCUUCUCCCCUCCCUCAUGCUACAACAAAUCUCCUCCCUCACCAGAGAAGUCUUCACCACCUCCCACAUACGUCUACACAUUCCCACCACUGCCCUAUUCAUUAUUAAGAUCAAGAAAGUAAAAGGGCUCUACAAGAAGCAAGCACACAAAUCAAUCAUCUAAUAUAAUUUUACUGAAUAAGGACUUGUGACUAAGAAAAUUUCUUCCACAAAUCCCUCAAAAGUUGUCUUGCAUGUAAUACCGCAACAACAGUUUAUAAGAACAAACAAGGAGCAACUGUUUUCGUUCACUUUGUACUGGUUAUAAACUACAUGAUUUCACUCUGAAUAAAUCUGAGAUUUUUAUGAUA